AUGUCGUCGCCUUCAAAACAGCCAAAUGCAAAUCAAGAUGGUGUUAGCAAUCAAAACGGAAACAUAACCAAAAUUAAUAUCAAGGAACGUAACAAUCUACGUUCACAAAACGACCAACUAUGGAAAAUCAUUGAAAAACAAAAGCAAAUAAUAAAUAAUUUGCAAAAUGACAAUAAAAAAUUGCUUUAUGAAAAAGACAGGCUAUUGGUGAAAUUAAAGGAGGCUGGUGGUGCAAGCGGGGGUGAUGCGUUGAGUCGAAUUUGGCUGCAAGAUGAGGAAUUCGGAGGUGCUGGUGGUGUAUCGGUUAAAAGAGGUGGAAGUUUGAAUAUUGUUAGAACCGACCAUCAUCAUCAUCAUAACAAUGGUAGUAGCAUUAUUAGUAAUAAUAAAUUGAUAACAUCGGACAAUAAUAUUAUUUCGAAUUUGAGUCAAAAGUCGGCUGCGCCGAAUUUGGCAAAUAUCGAAGAAAACCCUCAAACCGAAAUCAUUUCACAGCCACAACAAACAACUAAUGGGAUUAUAAAAAAUUCGGGCAUUAGUAAUAGUAACUCACCAUCGUCUUCGCUGCCACCGCCAUCUUCUGAAAUUGCAUAUGAUGCUUCAAAUGGAAUAUCGGGAGGAGAUGGAGAGGAAGGAAUCGAUAGUCGUUCAAAUACCCCAAUUUCAAUUGAUAGUGACCAAUCAUCAUCAUCAUCUCCCAAUCUAAUCACUCAAUUGAUGAAUGGUACACAACAAUUAUCAUCAUCGUCACAAACUUCACCAAAACAAAAUCCUUCGUCACCUACGUCGGUUAAAUCAUCCGGAUCUUCUGGUAGUGGUGAAGGAACUCGACACAAGCGCAAUGACACGAAUGGUACAGAAUUCGAGGAUUCUCUUGUCUUUCAAUUCACUACUGCCUCGCCGACUUUCCCUGGUAGUGGUAAUAAUAGUCAAUCAAAAGAAAAUCAAAUAGCAAAUCAUCGACUAAGUCAAUUACCACCUCGAAAAAAUUCCGUUCAUAGUGAUGAGUCCAGUAGUCCCACUUCACCGCGUAACAAUAAAGUAAACUUUGGAUUACCUAAGUCACCGAGAUCCGGGCCUCCACCUGGAGUCCUUUCAUUUAAUAACCAAAUUGUAAAUGAAGAGAACGACGAUAUGAUGCAUUUCUCUACCGAUUCACAUAAUUCUAGGCGUGAAAGCGAUGAAAAAGAAUCGGGCCACUUAAAUAAUAUCGUUCGGGAUAAUCCAGCAUUUAGUAAAACUUUCAAAGAUUCAACUCAUAGAAAUGGACACUUACAUACUCACUCAUUGCCAGUUAAUGAGUUAGUAGCGAUUCGAGAAGACACUACCAAUGAGAUGAGUUCUACCAUCACAACAGAUACUGUGACACGUGAUUCAAAUCAUAAACACAGUAGUACGGGAUCUCUGACACACAUAAAUAGCGUGCCAAAUCUAAACACUUUGCUUUCAACACCUGAAGGUGCUAAUACCAACAAUAAUAGUGUUAGCGGUGAUAAUUAUCUAAAAUUCCCGAAACAUGCAAAGUCUUUUGAAUCAAUGUCACAAAAUCAAAAUAAACGUAUUUCUACAGUAUCAAUGCCGAAUGACCUGCAAAUAUCACAUCAUCAUCUACAAUCUGGAGAUAUUAAUGGUAAUGAUCCGGUAUUUACUUAUCCAUCUAAUUCAGAAGAAUCUUUGGGUGUGCCGGCGAUGAAAAAAAAUCGAAAUAGUGCUGUAUUUAUGAAAUCAAAUUCACUGCCAGUGGAAGAAGGUCAAUCUCCACUUUUACUAGCUAUCGAAACACCAUCAGCAUUAAUACCGAAUUCCGAGGGUCGAAAACAUCAUUUAAAAAACCAACUUUCCAUGAAUGAUUUACACUCAUUGACUUCCUCAAAUACCUUUACUAAUGAUUCAUUAUCACCUCCAGCAAGACGACCUAUAAUGCAAUCAAAUCAAAGCGCACCAAGACCAAGUCUACAGCGUUCUGAUACACCAACACUAAUAUCAUCUGAUGCCAUAUCUGGAAUCUCGGUGAGGGUUGAAGGCAGUAAUAUCAAAACAAAUGAAAAAGGUAAAGAGGUGUUAGCCUUUGUUAUUUCGGUUGGACGAGCAAAAGUACACGACGGAAUUAUUAUCGGAAUGGAAGAAGAAUUAUGGAGAGUUGAAAAAUUGUAUUCUGAUUUUUUGGCUUUGGACGCUAAGUUAAAACAACGUCAAAAUCGUAGCCUAAAAAUUGGCAAAUUGCCUGACAAGAAUCUCUUUUCUAAUAAUGCACCAAGUAAAGUUGAUCAGCGAAAGUUGGCACUUGAAAAUUAUUUAAAGCAUAUUAUUUCGUUACCACUCAAAGAUUCUAAAGAUUUAUGUGAAUUUUUGAGUACAGACGUUGUUGAACAAGAUGAGCAGGAGUAUUCAAAUGCGAUGGGUCAUAAAGAAGGAUAUUUGACAAAAAGAGGUAAAAAGAUUGGUGGUUGGAAAACGCGCUACUUUGUAUUGAAAAGCCCCAUGCUAGAAUACUACGAAUCGAAAGAUGGUCAUCAAUUGGGCACUAUUCGACUAACGAAUGCACAAAUUGGUCGUCAACAAUCCACCACCCCUAUUGAUGCCGAUCAAACGGGCAACGAAAAUUCGUACCGUCAUGCGUUCCUGAUUUUGGAAUCGAAGCAAAGCUCGAAAGGAAAUAGACACGUUUUAUGUGCUGAAAGUGAUGCCGAGAGAGAUCAGUGGGUCAAUGCUCUAUUACAAUAUGUGAAUGUAAGUGAGGCUGAUCAUCAAGAGACGAGAAAACGUGGGAAAGAAAAGGCGACAAAACUCGCCAAACAAAACAUCGAAAAGAUUAAUGCACAGCCAAUUUCGCAACUUGGACGUGAUGAAAAUAAUUAUAAGCUGAUUGUUAGCGAAGCGGUGUUGCAGCAAGCCAGGGAAGAAAUACGACAAGAGAGUAAUAUUUCUCCCACGAAAAAGAAAGGAAGUAGUGAUUCGAUAUCAAGGAAAAAUCACAACGCGGAUGGAGAAUCUAAUCAUGAUUCUAUUUCGGGUGCGCAAGUUUCAUCAAGUAACAGCAACUCAGCCUACGUUCCAACUCAUCAUGUGACAUCUUCAGUAGCAUCAACUCAAAGUUUUAGUUCUCAAUUAUCUGUUAGUCUACCAACAAAUCAUAAUUCGCUGUUCCAGCAACAGCAGCAACAAGAUGCAUCAUAUUUACAAUCCAGAUUAGCUGUGUCUACAAAUAAUCAAUCCAACAAACGUGUAAGUAUGAUGGAGGCUGACAAUAAUAGUAGUAAUAAUCUUACGAGAUUAGGGGCUGGGACACCCGAACCAAAAGAAGUUUCUCCGGUUCAACAGCAACCAUCAUCAUCAUUAGCGGCAGGUGGUGGUGCUACCACAUUAUUACCUGUAUUUCCUUCGAAUGGAGUAACACGGCGAGCGGAAGAAGACAGAAAAGACAAAGAUCGAAAAGGUGUUAGAAUGACUUUCUUUGGUAAAUCGAUGUUUGGCGGAGGAAAAGACGAAAAGAAACAUCGACCUGACAUUGUUCCAGAUCAGAGUCGAGUUGUGUUUGGUGUUCCGCUGGAACAAGCAAUUUCUGUGGCAAGAAUAAAAGAUGGAUAUGAACUUCCAGCUGUCGUGUAUCGAUGUAUUGAAUAUCUGGAUGCCAAGAAUGCUGCAUUUGAGGAAGGAAUUUAUCGAUUGAGUGGCUCAAGUGCCACGAUAAAAAUAUUGCGCGAACGAUUUAAUACAGAGGGUGAUGUAAAUCUAUUAGCUGAGGGCGAAUAUUAUGAUGUGCAUGCGGUUGCUGGAGUCUUGAAAGCAUACCUGAGAGAAUUACCGACUAGUGUGCUGACCCGUGAAUUGCAUAUGGAAUUUGUCAAUGUCAUUGACCUUCUCGAAAGACGGGACCGUGUAAAUGAACUUGGUCGCCUUGUCUCUUCACUUCCGUUAGCAAAUUAUACACUACUUCGCACUCUUACCGGACACUUAAUAAGAGUAGUUCAGAAUUCAGAUAUCAAUAAAAUGACAGUACGCAAUAUUGGUAUUGUCUAUUCGCCGACCUUGGGUAUUCCAGCCGGAGUAUUCAGUCUAUUCAUGGCGGAAUUCGAGUAUAUCUUCUUUAUCGAUGGAGAUGGUCUAGCAGCACCCAGAAGCAUUGAAGAACCGGAAACAGUGAGUCACACCAAUAAUAACAGAAGACCUAGUGCUUCUUCGUUACGUACUACACCGAUACACACCAAGGUUUCUACUAAUUCGAUUGCCAAUCCUGAAGAUCCUGCAUCCGAUGAAGACCCUAUAAUUGCAUUAUCACCAAAAUCGGCUAUGCGUCGACGAGAUAUUCGUGAUGAGUUGUCAGGUAGGAGUAAUCGAAAUAGUGUACAUUAUCUUGAUAAUGCGCCAGAUUCUGUGGUUGGAUUAGAACGAAAAAUGACUGUUAAAACAUUAAAUCGUAGCGAUGACGAUGACGACGAAGUCAAUGAUUUAGAACUACAAAUGGAAGACGAUGACCUUGAGAGUGAAUCUUCUGGCGAAGACCCGAACAUGAAUCAAAAUAGUCCACGUCAAUCACCCAUACCCGGAUACUCGACCUCUUCUGCUCCACAAUCACCACACCCACAAAGUGCUAAUUUAGCCUUACUUCAUUCGAACUCAGCUCUAAAUACCCAUGAUAAUUCAUCAUAUCAAAUUCAAAAUACGUCAUCAACACAAAAAUCAAAUUACAGUGAUUCUACUCAGUAUGCUAAUACCCAACAAAAGUUAUUUGCAAAUAAUAAUCAUCAAUCAUAUGAUGAUAACUUGAGUGAUCGCGAAUUACGUAAACAAAGAAGACUGACCGUGCGGAAUUUCACGCAGCGUGACUCUAUGUACGAAGUUUUUAAUGAACAACAUCGUGAAUUGGAAGAAAUGAUGAUGAUGAAUGAGCGUAAUAUAUCGCCUUCUGCAUCUUCAUCAAUGCCAGUUUCGAAAAAUGGUGGUGGCGGAAUACCCAAUGAAAUGAUAUAA